CUGCGUUCUCAGGUUAUAGAAAUAACUCACGCCUGAUUGAUUAAAAUUUAUAACAUUACGGAGCUUUGGAUUUCUACCCAUUCACACGAUUCAUCUCGCCAAUCUCAGCAAAAUAUAACUCUUCGGCACUGUUGGCGUUUUACGUCGUACAUUUUGCAGUUUGUCACUCAUAUGGCACCCCACAUAGUUACAUUAUGCUCUAACCUCUCAGUGCUGAAUGCCAAGCAAGGAAGCAAAAGUAACAUUUUUCGUUCUUGGUAUAAAUCAACCCGGAUUUGAUCCCAGAUCUCCAGAAGAUGAAAAAAAGUUAUGGUUUUCAAACUUUGAGAUAUUUUAUCAAUGCAUAUGUACAUUUCCUCUAGAGUUGCCUUUUCCUUUACUUUUCAAACUUUCAUCUAAUUUAUAUUGGUUUAUCUUCGCCUUUCCUUGCUUUUACACAGAUACACGCCAUGGCAUCAUCGGAGAACGAAACUUUUUUCGAAGAAGGUGGGGAAGGCCCACAGGGGUUGCCCAGUAUUUCUGACAUGCACACCCUCAUCGGGAUGCAGUCUAUCCUUUUACUGGUGGGAGUGACCGGUAACUCCUUAGUCCUGUACGUCUUUGGCAAUCGGGGCGAACGGCUAACGUAUGUCAUCGCGAUACUAUCGCUCGCUGUCAUCGACCUGAUCUCUUGCUGUCUCUACCUACCUUUCGCUAUUGCUCUCGAAGCUCAGUGGUUCGCUACUUCCUCAAAUUUCGUAUGUAAGUGCUUUCACUUCUUUACAAAUGUCACGCAUUGUUUCAGCACGCCUUCCUUGCUGCUGAUUGCUUUAGAUCGAUGCGCAUGCGUCUGCGUCGGUCAUGUCCAAGCCACUUAUCACAGACGAGCUUUCAUCGCUAUUGUUGUCGUUGGCGUCUACUCACUAUCGGUGUCCAUUUUUCCCACGCUAGCGUACAGAGUCAACAACGGUUACUGCACCUCCGAUGGGACAACAAUAUCAGAGGAAUCCAUUAUACUUUUUCAUAACUUUAUUGUGGCUAUUUUCAUGAUAGUCGGUGUUGUUUCCAUUCUCAUAUAUUCCGCAAUCUUCGGUGUGGUUCUUUACCUGAAGUACGGUUCAAAACAGCACGUUCUGGACUCCACGCUAGAAGAAACUAGUCACAGGCCUAACAGUGACACAGAGUCGAGUCUGUCGAAUGCUGGCGAUUCGACCACACCUGAUGCUUCUGCUAAUACUGCUGAUAAGGGGAGGCAACUCGCAGACUUCCAACAGGAACAAAUCUCAAUUGCUGUUGUCAUGUUUACAUUGACAUUUGUGUAUUUUACUGCACACAUUCCAUUAUUGUUGGGCUUCUUUAAACAUGCAAAGAAUUUGGGCAUCGUAUUGUCCAUGAUGUAUGAAAUAACUUUUGUUAGUAAUUUUUUCGUUUACUUGUGCCUGGAUGCUCCGUUCCGCAAGGAGGUAAAGGAACUAUUUCAGUCAACCUGGUCACGACUUCGAUCUCUUCGCUAACUGUAAAAUUGAUGUGUGAUAUUGAUGUGUGAUGUGUGAUAUAUCUGCUUAGUGUGAUACUGUACAGCGUAAUUAGGCAUAAUAUUAUCUCAUAAUAUGAGAUACAUGCCAGAAUGCAUUUCACGUAGAUGGCGGCCGAGGUUGUGGACAACUGCACAUUUACUCUGCACUGCAAAAAUUCCAUAUGAGACACCCCAUUUUUUACACCCCAACUUAUCUAGGAAUAAAAUGUUACUAUUAAUCAACUCAAACGCCUGGGACUGAUUGCAAGUGAGACUUUCAAAACAGUAUAUAAUAACAGUUCAAGUUAUUGUAAACAAUAAACGGGCACAUUAUAAUCUCAGAUAUUUGCUGGAAUUCCAUCGAGUCUGAGUUGAAUUAUUUAUUUAUAUUUUAUCGCAACCCACGGUCAUCCACAGGUUGCUGGUGACCUUCCCACGUACGACCGGAGAGGAAACCAGCUGGAAUUGACCUUCGAGCGACAGCAUUUGGUGAGAGGCUCGUGAAUCAUUACGCGGCGCCACCACUCGGCCUCGUGAACUCCUCAGUACUGUAUAAAACGCACGGCAUAAACAGUUUCAGAUACAUAAUUACCAAACCAUGGAAUGAUCUUCCACAACACAUGAUGUCCAAACCUGCGAAUGAUCGUGGGUUUCUCUGGGGCACGACCCAGUUUCUUCCCACCAUAAUGCUGGCCGCCGACGCGUAAGUAGAAUAUUCUCCAGUACGGCGUAAAGCACCAAUCAAAUCAACCUAGUUUUUACAAACGCCGAUUUUUCAUGUUGCAUUAUAAUACGUGUACAACAAACGAAACUGGUACCAAACCUUGGGUAAAACUUUUAACGCAAAGUGAACAUGGAACAAAAUCUUUUAUAUCCUUACUGGCAGUGACACUCACACUGUCUGUUAUCCUCUUAAUCACGCUCAGAUCCCAUUACGACAAUGACACAGUUUUAAGACAAACAGAUUUGUGCAAAUAUGUGCGUAAGUACAUUUCAAGGAUACAUGAAACGCUUGGUUUAUAUUUCUUAAUACGGAAUGGCCUAACAUACAGCACGAAAAAAACGGCUUCUCGGUUUUCCUCUUAGCGCGUAGAAAUAGCAUUCAACUUCAGUUUUUCUAUGGCCCAGCUGUCAGUCCGGAAUUUAAGUAGCCUACUGUAGUGACGUCAAUCGUGAUAGC